UCUCCGCUGCUGCUCUGGACACAGACUCGGCUCCGCCGCGCGCAUCCCACGAGGUCCGCUGUCCACGCCGGGUGCCCGCGCUGCCCACCCGGCCAUGUCGUCCUGCAGCCGCGUGGCGCUGGUGACCGGGGCCAACAAGGGCAUCGGCUUCGCUAUCACCCGUGACCUCUGCCGCCAGUUCUCGGGGGACGUGAUACUCACGGCCCGGGACGAGGCGCGGGGCCGGGCGGCGGUGCAGCAGCUGCAGGCCGAGGGCCUGAGCCCGCGUUUCCACCAGCUGGACAUCGACGACCUGCAGAGCAUUCGCGUUCUGCGCGACUUCCUGCGCAAGGAGUACGGGGGACUCAACGUGCUGGUCAACAACGCGGGCAUCGCCUUCAAGAUGGAUGACCCCACACCCUUCGACAUUCAGGCUGAGAUGACGCUGAAGACAAACUUUUUUGCCACUAGAAAUGUCUGCACCGAGUUACUGCCCAUCGUGAAACCACAUGGGAGAGUGGUGAACGUCAGUAGCCUACAGGGCUUGAAAGCCCUUGAAAACUGCAGCGAAGAGCUGCAAGAGAAGUUCCGAUGCAACACGCUCACAGAGGGGGACCUGGUGGACCUCAUGAAAAAGUUUGUGGAGGACACAAAAAAUGAGGUGCAUGAGAGGGAAGGGUGGCCCAACUCAGCUUAUGGGGUGUCCAAGUUGGGGGUCACAGUCUUAUCAAGAAUCCUGGCCCAGCGGCUAGAUGAGAAGAGAAAAGGAGACAGGGUUCUGCUGAACGCCUGCUGCCCUGGCUGGGUGAAGACAGACACGGCCAGGGGUCAUGGCUCCAGGACUGUGGAGGAGGGAGCUGAGACCCCCGUCUACUUAGCUCUCCUGCCCCCAGAUGCUACUGAGCCUCAAGGCCAGCUAGUCAGUGACAAAGUUGUGCAAAACUGGUGA